AUGGCUCCAAAAGACCAACCAAGUUCAUCGUCUGCUAGUACGUGGAUAUGGUUUCCUACCUCCCAUGAAUUGCGGACGCAUUACCUCAAAGAGAUCGGCUUUCUUGCCUGUCUCUCACAAAUGAUAGGUGCAACCGUCUUCUGGAUUUCGGGCUUCACUGCUUUGCCUCCAAUAUUUGAUAGACUGACCUCAACCGCGGCCCAGAAUGGAGCAUACUGGGCACCUCAAGUUAUUGGGGGUAGCGGGUUUAUCAUUUCAGGCACACUCUUCAUGCUAGAGACACAACAAAAAUGGUAUUUACCUGCACCCAGAGUUCUGGGCUGGCAUAUCGGUGUUUGGAAUUUGAUAGGAGUUAGUCAUCAGUCUCUAAUAUCUACCUGUGCUGACUGUUUGCGUCAAAAGGGAAUCGGCUUCACACUCUGCGGUGCUCUAGGCUUCGCAAGUGCGAAUAGUGGGUGCGUAUACCAAGGAAGUUUGGCAACUUUUUGGGGAUCCUGGUGCUUUUUAAUUGGCAGUGCUAUUCAGCGCUGCAUUGAUAUCGGAUGGGUAUAUGCCGUUAAGCAAGUGGGCAGUGCCAAUAUCAACCACAUCACUGUUCUAGGCCACCGAAGGAUGCCAGAAUCGGCAGGUCGCCUCGAUCUGGCGAAUGACCACCAAUACGGCCAAUACCUCGAAUUCCCCAGGUUUCAGCUCGUGCGGAUUCCCGUAUUUCGUUACCCAUCUCAGAUUUGUCUCAUCUCAUCUUGGGUCAGCCGCCGCAUGUCAACUGCUGUCCACUGGCUUGGGCACGCUGGCCUGGGCAAAUUUACCCCUCGUUCUGCAGCUGCCCUAUCUCGCUUCUUACCGGCGGUACACCACAUCCUCAGCCAAGCUGGAUCGGAUAGCGAGCCGGCCCGAGCCCCGAACCUAUCCCAGUCUUGGGCUGCUAGAUGA